AUGACUACAUUGACCGACGACGUAAUUAAUGAAUACAAACGGGAUGUUCCACAGUCAUUUCCAGAUCACAUCGAUCACAACCAGAGAAUAUCAUACCAAUGGCGGUGCAAUCGUGCGUGGAAAAGGAUCCGUCUACGCUUAAAAGAAGAUAGAUUGUUCAAAGGAAAAGUGUAUUACAGCUUGUGUAUAUAUUUUGCCUUUUUCGUCAUCGGUUGGAUAAAGGGGCAGUUCGGCCCCUCAUUUCCGGACUUGAGACUUAUCUGUAACGUGGACAUAGAAAAGGGCUCAUGGAUAGUGACAACGUUCUACAUCGGAUAUACAUUCGGAUCCAUUCUUGAGGGGUUUCUCUACAGCAAAGUCAACCGGAAAUUGCUCUUUGGUGCAUGCCUAUCAAUAUUAGCAGCUAUGGUUACUGUAAUUCCUUGGUGCUUCCCGUUUGAAGCUAUGGUAGCCGCCCACUUUGUACAAGGGACUAUGGAAGGAGUUUUAGAUCCAGGAGGCAAUGCAGAGAUUUUGAGGAUCUGGGGAACGAAGGGUGGACGAACUGCAAUAUUAGGAAUGAACUUCGCCCUGUCAAUCGGAAGUGUUAUUUCACCUCUAGCAACAGCACCAUUUCUUGCAGAAACCAGCGAAAAUCAGACAUCUGCAAAUAACACAAUACAUACUAGUACAUUCAUCAAUCUCACUCUUCAUCAGGAAAUACAGCCAGUCCAAUUUCCUUAUCUUAUAAAUCAGACUAUUUUAGAUAAUGUUUCAAUAUAUUUCAGUGGAGACGGAAAUAGUUCAUUUGAAACUAACAAAGGUGAAUCGAGAUCUGAAACUAGGGUUUAUAUAGCAUUUUCUAUAACUGCAGUUUUAUCGUUUUUAACGGCUCUUUCGUUUGUGACUUUAAAUACUUUUUUUAAUGAAGCCACCAGCAUGAACAGGGAAGAAGUCACAUUUGAAAAAUCUAGUAAGCAACUGACAAGGCCGUUACCUCAACGUAUCAAAAUCAUUUCAUUGUCUAUCAUAGGAGCAAGUCUCUUCAUGUUCAACGCAAUCGACGAGGCAUUUAUAGCCUAUUUAUCGACGUUCGUAGUCACUUGGACUAAUGAAUACCUUACACCAGUGACGGGUAAAAUUUCGUCCGCAUUUUUUAUUUCUGCAAUGGUAGGUAGCUCAUUGAAUCCGCUCUUACUUGGAUAUCUCAUGGAAAAUGUCGCAACGAUUUGGUUUAGUUACCUUUUUGCUAUAGAGAGUUUUGCACUGGUGUUUCUUUAUAUUUCAGGUGUUAUUAUAACUAAGUAUAUUAUUCGUGAGUAUGGUUCCGUUGUAAGAAUAGAGGAAGAAGAAAAUAAUACAUUUUCAACCAGAUUAUAG